AUGCAAUGCAAGAAAACAAGCACACAGGUUCAUGAUGACGAAAAUGGUAUCGAUGAUCGAUCCACCUUGGAAAUCCAAAAUCGCCAAUGGACAAACAUCGAGGGUCCUCUGUUCGAUAGCUUCAAGCCCGGAAAAUUUGUCGCAGUAGCGCCAGAGUGGAGGGAGGGUGUCCGUAUCCUCAUGCAAGCCGAAGUGAGGAGCAGCGUCGUAGGCCGGGGAGGUGAUUUGAUGCUCUUGGUCCGUUCGAACGAAUGUACAGAGGGAAUCGGAUGUCGAAAAUGCCUCGCGUGGCAAGUAGUCAAAGGCAGUUUCGGAGCAGAUGAGCGACGGCACUGUGCCAACGGCGACCAGUAG